AUGGUUCGCCUUGCUCUCCUCUCCGGGCUUGCCCUGCUUCAGGCCAUUGCCGUCCGCGCAGUCAUUGUCCCCGCCGGCCUCCCGGCCGGGCUCUAUUCGAUCCCCUUCGACGCCAACGGCGACGCCAUCGGCGAGCCCAUCCUCCUCAAAACCGCUGAAGCCGUGGCUGAGCGGUCCCUCUCCCGGCGGCAACAGAAUGCACGCCCUCUUCCCAACUCCCAGGAGAAGUGCGGCACAGGCGGCUACAUCAACGUCAACAAUUUCGCCGUCGCCAAGGAGCUUCUGCAGUCAGAGUGCGACUACGGCGACCAAUACGGCACUAGGACGGCCAUCGUGUUCACAAACGUCAACACGAUUGCGUACUUUUGCACCUACGACACCCAGGCCCGCUGCUGGAGGCAAGAGAUGAAUACUGCCAUGGACAGGGUUGUGGCGAGCUGUGGCUACGGGAACGGGGGAGAGAGCUAUGUCCCGUCGUACUCCAUAGCCUACGGAGGGGACAAUGUUGGACAACAGAUUUGCCGGUUUUAA